GAGCAAUAAUGCAAACUUUCCUCUAAAAUGUUUCGCCGUGGAAGCGCUAGACGGAAAAGAAGCGCUAAUCCGCCAGCGGAAGUGCUGGCGCCACCGUCAUUUUCACCGCUUACCACGAAAAUCUAUGUGAUCUAUGGCGAUUCCGAAGAAUUCGCCAUGGAGCGACAAAUGCUCUGGAUGGAUGUGUUGCCGGAGCUACAAAGUUUUGCAUUUCAUUCUGGAUUCGAUAUCGAGUGGAUAGACCCAUUGAGUGAAAGAGGAAAGCUAUCCGAGGCCAUGGUUGAUAGGAUCAUGGAAGGGCUAGAGGCAGAAAACAGCUGGCUAAUUUGCUUACUGGGUGACAAAUAUGGCAGCAUCGGUCCACCGAGUGAAAUGCUCAAGGAAGAAUUUGAAGCAGUACGUGCAGCCGUUUUCGAGCAGAGUGCAGAUCUCAAAUUGCUGGAUCAACAUUAUGUGCUCGAUCGAACCGUUAUGAAACCCCAAUAUCGGCUGAACACACCCCUCGAAGACGAAAAACUGCGCUCAAAACUGGCCAAAGUUGUCCAAAAAGGGGCGGAGAGUGCCUACGAUGAAGGAACGAUGAAUCAGGUGAACUCAGACAGGCAAGAGCGAUUUUUCUGGUCCCCGGUACAUAGAGUAGCCAAUGUGGCGCUAAAGCGAAAUUCUCGAUGUACGAUGGUGCUGCGCAAGUUCGACCAUGUCCGCCCAGAUACCGGCAUGAACUCGACAUUCUGUGACAAAGUACCGGAGAAAGCAGAGAAAAUCGCUCAACUGAAGAAUGAAGUUAGCGCUAAGCUUGACUCGAAAUUAGUGUUCUCGCAUAUUUUCACCCCUGAUAACGGAGACAUUGCUGGUUUCUAUACUUCAAGAGAAGGUGACAAGUACAGGGAUACUCUGCUUAGACAGAUUUUGGAACGAUUGAAAAUCCAUUUGGUUCUUCUUCAUCCAAAUGUCCCUACUGCUCCCCGCACUGUAAUCGACAUGGCUUCAAUAGAUUGCGAUUCACAUCUAUAUCGCUUGCAAAAGUGCACAAGUCAUUCUUGGCAUGCUCGCGAAGGUGUGGAUGAGAAACUCAGGGAAUUGCUUUUUGCGGCAUCACAGGGAGGUGUUUUCCUACUGCAAGGGCCGGAACUUUGUGGGAAAACGAGAGCUCUGUGCUAUUUAUAUGAGCAAGUACCAUCGACAAGCUUCAAAAUAAUCAGGUUUGUCGACCUCACUUAUUCGUCCGUUUUCGCCCAUGAAGUCUGGAGAAAAAUCAAUCUACAACUUUGUAAACUGACCGAUCAGAAGCCUAAUAAAAUACUUACGUCGUUCACGCUUGAAGAACAACUUGCGUUGUUCGAUGAGAUGCUAGCAGAUCUCGAUAGAAUGUUGUAUUUGUUCCUUGACGAUGUACAUUUGCUCAAAUUUGGCCCGUUUAUGAGCACUAUAGAGAAACGGGUUAGAGAGUCUCCUGGAAUGCUUGCCAUAUUUAUGACCGCCUCAAAUGUUUCGCCCAUAUCCACUUUGUAUACAGUAACCCAGACCUUUAAUAUCGAUGCUCCCAACGAAAAUGAAAUCAUAGAAAUAAUCAAAAGAAGCGUAAAUGAUAGAGUCAUCAGCAGUGAACAGUGGUCCACUAUCAAGCAACAGCUAACUGGCAGCAAUCAAAGCAUUAUCGUAGGCAAAAUAUUGCUCGAUGAAUUAUUGCUGAGGAGACAUGGUGUUAUGACCGGGGGAGUACAAGGUCGUCUCGAACGGAUUGAAGCUGAACUUGGCGGUUUGCCAGUGCAAGCUUUCUGUACAUAUGUCGUACUGGCUAUGCAUGGUUUGACUCGACUGGAACUUUACGACCUUCUUUCGAGCAAUGCCGAUUUAAUGACUAGAUUAGGCGUAUCGGCUGGAUUCCCACCACUCUUACUCGAUCGGAUUAUAGAAGCUUUAGGUAGUCUACUACGGGUGGAUUUUAUCGACGAAAGAAUUGUCUAUCGCCUCAGCCAUAGCUGUUUGAAUUCGCUGUUCCGAACAAGAUACAUCACAAAUCUCGUCGACCUAAAAAACGCUCAUGGAGAAAUUGCUGAUUACUUUGGCUCUGCCACGGCUGCUGAUGAAAACAUAUCACCUAGGAAAAUCAUUUCUUACCAGCCAUUUCCCCAGCUCAUGAAUCGAGAAUGCGGUCUUUGCAAUAUUCGACGCCUUCAUAAUCUUUGGUUUCAUCUGCUUCACACUGGUAACAUGGAUGCACUGAAAGAGUCAACAUUGUGUCAGUUUGAGUUCAUCGACAGCGCUGUUCGCUCUUGCGGUAUGGUGCAUCUGCUAUCGAUGUACGAAGAAUGCGCCAUGCAAGUGAUCCACCAUGAUUUGCAAGUGCUGUGCGAACAAGUGCUGAUCCCAGCAAUACCAACUGUUUUACGAGACCACGAACAACUUGGUGCAGAAGUUAUUGGCAGGCUGCGGUAUACUAGAGCUGAGAACAGCCAUUUCCUAAAUACACUGGUUGAGCAGGCAAUGACUUGGGUAGACAACUACACUCGACAACCAUUGCUAGUUCCGUUAUCAUGCUGGAUAGCUCCACCGAUAAUGAAGAAGUGCAGGACGUUUACCAUCAAGGACUGGAAACCCGGCCAGACAGUGCUCGCUCCCACCUUCAACCAUCAACAUGUCCUGAUCUCAGGGAAUCAGUCAGCUGUUGGUGUGAUCUACAUGUACCAUAUAGCCGCUCAGUCUCUUAUGACUACUUUCAACGGACAUACGGGAAAUGUGACAUCGCUAUGUAGUAGUACAAGCGGCUCAUUCUUCGUGAGCACGUCGGUAGAUAAGACAGUCCGGAUAUGGAGCCUCAUGAAUGGCGAUUGCCUCCAAGUGCUUACGCCUCAUACGCACAAAAUCACUUGUAGUACUUUGGCCAGUGACGAUUCAUUUCUGGUCACCGGUUCAGCCGAUUCAUCAGCAAAGGUUAUCGACGUCGAAAGUGGCGAGGUGAUGAUGUCGUUCACGGAACAUACCGGUAGCGUCGUAUCUCUACAACUUACAACCAAUAACGAAUUUCUCAUAUCAGGUUCUGGUGAUUUUAUUGUUCAAAUGUGGUGUCUAAAAACGGGUCGUUGCAUUUCUAGAAUGGGUGGUCUGAUGGCACCCGUUAGUUGUCUUACAAUUACAUCAAAUGAUGCCUUUGUUGCUGUAGCUUGCGAAGAUGAGACAUUGCGCGUAUUUUCUACUGUAUCCGGACAAGAACUGCACGAAUUAAUGGGUCAUGAAGGACGGGUCAAUGCUUUGGUUUGUGCUCAAGAUGAUUGUCAGUUAUUUGCCGCUACAAAAUCAAAAAUUUAUUGCUACGAUAUUCAUAAUGGUCAAAUUGUGGACACACUGGAUUGUCAGUUACCGUAUCCUGUCUUCAAUAUAAAGAUCUCAUCUGAUAACUACUUUCUAUUCUCUGGAUGUGGACCUCGUGUAGAUGUUUGGAAUAUCCAAAAACGGAUCCAUGACGCUCCUGACGAUGCGGAACACAUGGGUUUUGUCACUGCCAUGUGCUUGAGCUCGGAUGAUAAGGUAGCUGCCUGUGGCACUUACGAUGGAAUCGUUGCCGUAUGGGACUUGGAUAUCUGCCAAUGCAUCACUACUGUCCCGCAAAGCAAAGGCAUCCCAGUAUCUUGUCUGACAUUUUCAUGGAAUCAGACAUUUCUGCUCAGUGGUAAUGUUGUCGGGAACAUCAGUGUUUUUGACACUUCUACUGGAGGUCUGCAUCGUACGUUUAAUCUUCACUCCACUGAAAUCAUCUCCCUGUUCUGCCUGGAGAAUUAUCGCGUUUUGAGCUGCGACAAGGAGGGAAAACUCUGCCAAUGGGACAUUUUCGGAGAUGAAGAGAGUCUGGUAAUGAUGACACCAGGAGUAGUGCCUCCAAUAUUUGCUCCGCCUACUGGAAAAAUUGUCAUUUGCCAUUGUCAAAAGAAUUCGAAAGAAAUGAAAGUUAUGGGCUUGGCGGAAGAAGGCCCGCUGCUCAAGAGCAAACUAACGCAUAAUGAAGAAAUUACCUGCUUUGCAACCACACCGAAUGGAACCUUAGUAGCUACAGGCUCAUGUGACCAGUCGUGCAAACUAUGGCAAAUUGACUCGGGUUUUCUAACGCAGAUUCUCGUGGGACAUGAAGGAACGGUGACAUGUGUUGCAUUAUCAGAAGACGAACGGAUCGUCAUUUCUGGAGCUAUAGAUAAGAAAGUAAUAGUCUGGAAUGUUAGCACUGGUGACAUUGCACAUUCGCUCGUCUGCUCAGCUGCGCUUACCGCAGUUUCGUUAACAUCGGAUGGAACGGUGGCAUUUUCAGCUAGUGAAGAUGGCUGGUUAGAAGCAUGGUCAACUGACAAAGGUGCUCUUUUGUCGUCCUUCAAUGCACAUAGGCCCAUACGACAAGUGCUGAACUCGGUGGAUGCGAACAGAUUACUUGUCCAACUGUCUACUUGCGCCCAGCUGCCUAUACUUUGUCUUCACAACUCUCCAGCCGGAGCCCAUCCUCAGACGCAACGAAGGCGGAGCGCUAGGGCACAUUCGAUCACAAGUCUUGGCAAUGAGACAAGCUCUUCAAGCGCGAAAGACGAGACAAAAGUUCGUGAACAACCCGCAGCUGCCACAACCUCUACACCUACCACAACGUUGCAAGUUGGCAACGGUCAUUCCGUCCAUCCCAGGUCUGCCCAACCGCGUCCAACGUUUGACAAAUUGGAUAGAGGGCAAAGUCGGACCUCUGUGAUCGAGAAGGAUCGAGCUACGACCCUAACCAAUGCUCCUUCACCAUCAUCACAAAAAUCGCACUUAUGCACUAUCGUUUAAAAUGCAG